GAUGCACACACAAAUAAAUCUUGAUUUAUAAACUGCUUGCGGUCUGUUAACUUCCCUGCAUUUGUGUGUGAAUUUUGAGACUCCCCUGACGUGGCUCGACUCACACACAAAUGCCUUUUUUUAAACAGAUCUGCAACCAAUCAGAUGGCUGCCUUAUUUUAGCCAAUCACAAGAACGCACCCCACGUGGGGGAUUGUUUACUCAUAAGCCAAUCACGAACGCGUUCGCACAGCGCUACGUGCCUGUGGUGCGGGCUAGCGCUGUCACGGUGGAGUUCAGUCAGUUGGUUGAGCCCUCAAUAUGGCUUCUGGCAACGACAGGGGAGCGGAAUCACUGAAGCGUGAAAUCCUUCAGAGAUUGCAUGACCGACUGCUACACAUCUUGGAGAGGCAGCCUCUCGACAUGGAAGGGUUACAUUUUGUUUGCCAUCAGAAUUUAGUUUUAUUAAGUGCUCUGGAUGACGCAGUGAAUGUAGGAGAAGAAUUACUGUCUGCACUUACAAAUUUGAGUACUGUUAUCCAACAGGAGAUGGAGAAUGAGCAGACAUUUAUAACACUGGAUUUGCAGAAGGGCUUUAGUGGGCGUCCACGAUUGACAACGUCAGUAGAGACCCUCACACAUCUUCUAGAACUUGGGCUGCCAUCAAAAUGCAUCGCUAGACUCCUUGGUGUGUCGAGAGCUACACUUUUUAGGCGGAUGGCUGAAAAUAAUCUAUCUAUAUCUGCCUCAUACAGUGGCUGCAGUGACGAUGAAUUGGACUCAUUGAUCACAGGAAUUAAGAGCACAAUGCCAGAUGCUGGGUGCAGAGUAGUCAAAGGUGCUCUACUUGCACAGGGACACAGAGUGCAAUGGGACAGAGUGUAUGCAUCCAUGCAUCGCGUGGACAGUGUAGGUGUACUUUCCAGGAUGACUCGUCUGAGAUGUGUGGUGAGGAGGACGUACACAGUUCCUUACCCAAAGUACAUGGUGCACAUUGACACCAAUCACAAGCUCAUCAGGUACAACUUUGUUAUCUUUGGGGGAAUAGAUGGCUAUUCAAGAAAGAUGAUGUACCUCAAGGUAGCAGACAACAACCGAUCUGAUACACACCUGGCAUUCUUCAAUGAAGCUGUGAAUGAGCAUGGGUUUCCUCUGAGAGUGAGAGGAGAUCACGGAGGAGAAAAUGUGGGGAUAGCGGAAUUAAUGUUCUCAGUUCGUGGAACUGACAUUAACAGCUUCAUUGCGGGGAAAAGCGUACACAAUCAGCGGCAAGCCUAGAUGUCUUCAGUGAUGCGUGGGACAACCAUCCCAUCAGGACUGAGCAGAACCUGACACCAAAUC